AGUUUUAACAAAUCACAGUUUCUGGAACAGUUUGAAAUUGUCUGAUUCGAAAUUACAACUAGCAUCUUUAGACAAGAUUUUAUCGCCAAAUACAUCAAUCUGAUUGGUUUAAACCCCAACUAGAUGUACAUAUGGUAGGUAGGUAUGCACAAGUCAGGGUCCAAGUGUAAAGAAUGAUGAUUAAAGUUUCCCUGAGUACUUAAAAAUCAAAAUAUACUUUAUUGAACAACUCAAAUCCAGAGUCAAAUUCUUUUUGAGGUCAGGUGUAUGUAUCAUAAUACAUAAAAAGCAACAAUGACCAUCAGUAUACAGUGCCUAUAUACACAAGUGUAUCUGCAAACUAUAAACAAAUAGUGCUAAAACAAACACUGUGGGUGUUUGUGUACAGUGUAUGCAAAGCAUGUGUCGGUUUACAGUAAAUUAAGUUCUAUUUGAUAGUGGUGGGUGAUAUGUAGGUAAAUUUCUAAGUAUUUUAUAUGCCACUGAAAUGAAACUACGUGAUUUCUUCCCCUUAUUUAUUUACUCUGCAGCUGCAAUUGUUUGUAUGUAUUAUCUCUGACCACUAGGUGGUGAAAACGAGCCACUUUAAGGAUUUGCUAAAGCUUUAGAAGAAGACAGUGUUCUUACGUGAUACUAAGGGAUGGUCUGUAGUUAUAUGAGGUACUUUCCAUUAAAACUACCUACGAUUAUUUCCCCCUAAACGGCAUGUUAUUUGUUUAUUUAAACACAGCUGCAUUUGCAUGUAGUUUCCGUUCCUGUCCACCAGGUGGCGAUGGCGUGCAGCUCUACCGGCUCCGUGAGCAUCGUAGAAGAAGACCGUGCGCUUCCAUGAUUCCUGCUGCUGUUUGUUAUCUGUCAUUCAUGCUGUUUUUGUUGUGAACAGCCGUGGACACAUGGCCUUCGCUCUGCCGGUGUGGCUGGCGGUCCAGGAGGCGCUGCUCGGACCGGACGAGGAGGACCUCGGGACUCCGAGCUGCUUCGACGACAUGGACGACGAGACGUUGUUCCAGAUGUUCCACCUCACCCGACCCUGCAUCGCCUUCAUCACAGACUCCGUCCGCAUCCGCAUGAGGAAAGCGGCCGCGAAGAAGCCCGCGCUGUCCGUGGACGAGAUGGUCAUGGUGGCGCUGAACUAUUACGCGCACGGAGUCGCCUCCGCCGCCAUCCUGCAGAAGGUCGACCUGAGCCAGACGGACUACACGGCGGUCAUCGGCACGGUGUCCGGGGUCAUCGCGGGGAUGUCCGACCAGUUCAUCUCGUUCCCGCUGAUGCAGGACGCCAAAUCCAACGUCGCCUUCGAGAUAGAGAAGCUGUGCGGGAUCCCCAACGUGCUGGGCGUCCUGGCUCCGGCCCACUUCAAGAUCCGAGCCUCUCCGUACGAGAAGGACAGCUUCAGGUCGUUCGUCAACACGCUGGGUCACACGUCGGUGGUGAGCCAGUUCAUAUGCGACUCCGACGGCAACAUACUGAGCGUGGAGAAGUGCUGCGUGGGCAGCACGCUCGAGCAGGAGAUGUGGGAGUCGUCGUUUAAAGGGAGGGAGAUGGAGGAGGACCUGCACGGACCGUACUGGGUCAUCGGUGGGAAAAGCUAUAAACUGAGCAUGCACGUCUUGACUCCUGUGUCAGAACCGGCCAACGACAAGGAGAUCCGCUUCAACGAGGCCCACGCAAAGAUCCACAACGUCAUGCGGACGACGCUCGGCUCCAUGAAGAGGCGCUUCAAGUGUCUGAUGCAGUUGGGUUUUGCGCAAGAAGGCUCCCUGGACAAAAAGUCCAACAUCAUCAAGUCGUGCAGCGUCCUACACAACAUCGCCAAGAAGUUCUCCACCCCUCCCCCGCCCGUAGCUGGUAAAAUCGAGCCCCUGCAUCCAGGGAGGCAGCGUUCAGUGCCAGUAGAAAUCAACUCUGAGGCUGUGAAAGCCAGACAGGAAAUCAUUGAUAGUAAGUUUAAUAAAUCUGUCGUCUCCAGCAGCAAGAACCCACCAAGUAAAGACGCCACAGAGGAGGACGCGUGAGCAGAGUUGGCGCAUUCGCCACUGCAGGACGCAAAAGGAUCAAACACUGGAACUGGAACCCAAACCCAGUUUAUGAUGCCUAAAAUAAGACUUAAUAAGUUACAGUCGAAGGCGAGUUGCUGUUCUGUGACUUUCUGACACUAACCUCUAAAUGUGAUCUGUUUUUUUUUUUCUUUUUUUUUAAUCUCAGUUGCAGACUUUGUAAAACCACAUUCAGGGAUUU